AUGUCCCCCAAGGACUCUUCCAAAAAGCUAUAUUUUGGCCUAACGGGAGGAUGGCUCACCUUUUGGAUCACUAUCGCGUGUGCCACAGACAUGACCCUUUUUGGGUAUGAUCAGGGUGUCUUUGGCGGUGUGAUUGUGACAGAUGAUUUCCUUGAUGUUUUGGAUCUCAAUGGAAAGACUUCGAUGAUCUCAACUAUCACUGCCUUAUACGAUGUUGGAUGUUUCUUUGGUGCCAUUGCCUCUAUGGUCAUGGGAGAGAGGCUUGGCCGAAAGAAGACCAUUCUAUUGGGAACAAUCAUCAUGUCUAUCGGCGCCAUCCUUCAGAUCACCGCCUAUGGUAUCCCUCAGAUGAUCGUUGGUCGAGUUGUUGCUGGAAUAGGCAACGGUAUCAACACGGCCACUGCACCGGUGUGGCAAGGUGAAACGUCGCAAGUCAAGUGGAGAGGUAAACUGGUAGUGAUCGAGCUGAUCAUGUGUAUUGCGGGCUACUCUCUCUCCACCUGGAUGACAUUUGCUUUCUCCUUCCUCAGUGGACCAGUCGCUUGGCGAUUUCCUUUGGCCUUUCAGUUUGUCUUCAUUUUUAUCAUCUUUGGCACUGUGCCCUGGCUUCCCGAAUCUCCUCGCUGGUUGAUUUCCCACGACCGCCUCGAAGAAGCCCAGUCGAUUGUUGCAGACAUUGAGGGCCUCGAUAUCAACGACCCCUAUGUCAUUACGCAGCACACCUCUAUCACUGCUGCAGUUCAAUAUGAGCGAGACCACAGUGUUACCUGGAGCCAGCUCCUCCGUGGUCAAACAGGAGACCAGAGAGGGACCGGGGCUAUCCGCCGACUCAUUCUAGGAGCUGGUGCCCAGGCUAUCCAGCAGUUGGCUGGAAUCAAUGUGACUUCAUACUACCUAACCACGGUCCUGAUUGACUCAGUUGGACUUUCUAACCGUCUUGCGCGCCUGCUCACUGCAUGCAAUUCGAUCUCCUACCUUUUGGCGGGCCUUUUUGCUAUCCCUAACGUUGAGCGAUGGGGUCGGCGCCAGCUGUUGAUGAUUUGCUCUUUGGGUCAAGGCGUGUGCUAUCUCCUCAUUACUGUGUUAAUUUAUUUCACCGGGAAGGAGGGAUACGCUCACCAGAAGGAAGUGGCUUCCGCCUCGGUCGCCUUUUUCUUUUGCUACUACCUUUUCUUCGGUUGUGGUUUCCAGGGGAUUCCGUGGCUCCUGCCUGUUGAGUUGAACUCGCUCAGCAUGCGAACCAAAGGAGCUGCUAUCGCUACCGCCACGAACUGGGCCUUCAACUUCAUGGUAGUAGAGAUAACGCCCAUUGGAAUCAAGUCACUGGGCUGGAGGUUCUACAUCAUUUGGACUAUUUUCAAUUUCAGCUUUGUGCCGGUUAUCUACUUCUUUUAUCCGGAGACCGCAAAUCGCUCGUUGGAGGACAUCGAUCGGUUCUUUAUCGAGAACGUUAGUCUACUUGUCAACAACAACCCUGACGCUACCUCUACCAAGCGUCCCUCCCGUUACGUUGAGCUUGAGCAGGAUAUGAUGACCCGUAACUUAUCGAUCUCCGAGGGAAAGGCUGACAUUACCCACAUGGAAACGGUUGAGGAGCCCAAGUCUGCGGUUUAA